AUGCCGUCCGCUUUGAUCCCAAGACUGGCUCGCUCGGGCGUUCGUAUUUCCCGUACCACGUCCCUUCCAGUGCUUUCAAGAGUUGUCCUACGAGCGGCGUCGACGACAUCGAAACAUCCCGCCAACUUCACGCCUCCCACCACCGAAGACCUGUACGAGCUGCGCGAACGCGUCCAAGAAUUCACCCGCCGCGAGAUCCCCGAGGAAGUGGCCGCACGGACGGACCGAGAGAAUGACUUCCCGCACUCCAUGUGGAAGAAGCUGGGCGAGGCGGGCUUCCUGGGCCCGACGGCUGACGAAGAGUAUGGCGGCCUGGGCAUGGGAUACCAAGCACACAGCGUGAUCAUGGAGGAGAUCUCGCGGGCGUCCGGGUCGAUCGGGCUGAGCUACGCGGCGCACUCGCAGCUGUGCGUGAACCAGCUCUCACUGAACGGGACCAAGGAGCAGAAAGAACGGGUCCUGCCCGGCCUGAUCAGCGGGGACAAGGUGGGCGCGCUGGCCAUGUCGGAGCACUCGGCGGGCAGCGACGUCGUGAGCAUGAAGACCACGGCGAAGGCCGUCGACGGCGGCUACCGUCUCAACGGCACAAAGAUGUGGAUCACCAACGGGCCCGAGGCCGACUACAUCGUCGUGUACGCCAAGACGGAGCCCGCGAAGAAGAGCAAGGGCAUCACGGCAUUCAUCGUGGAAAAGACGUUCGAGGGCUUCUCGGUCGCGCGCAAGCUGGACAAGCUGGGCAUGCGCGGCUCCAACACGGGCGAACUUGUGUUCGAUAACGUCUUCGUGCCCAAGGAGAAUGUCCUGGGGGAAGUCAACAGGGGCGUCAGGGUGCUGAUGGAAGGCUUGGACCUCGAGAGACUGGUCCUCAGCGCGGGCCCGCUGGGCAUCAUGCAGGCCUGUCUGGACCUGGUCCUCCCCUACACCCACCAGAGGAAGCAGUUCGACACCCCGAUCGCGCACAACCAGCUGGUCCAGGGGAAACUGGCCGACAUGUAUACCAAGCUCCAGGCCGCGCGGGCGUAUACCUACAACACGGCAAAGAAGGUCGACGAAGAGGGCGACAUCCGCACGCAGGACUGUGCCGGUGCAAUUCUCUACGCUGCCGAGAGGGCGAGUGAGUGCGGGUUGGACGCCAUCCAAUUGAUGGGCGGCAAUGGCUACGUCAACGAAAUCCCUGCUGGGAGGUUGUUAAGGGACGCAAAACUAUACGAGAUCGGGGCUGGCACCAGCGAGAUCAGGAGGAUGGUUAUCGGACGGGCGUUCAACAAGGAGUAUGCUGAUCAGACCAUUUGA